ACAUUAUUUUUGAGGCCAAGAAAGACAUUUUUAUUCUUUAUUUUGGUUUCUAGAACUAAAAUAUACAAUGAAAACGACUAAAGCGGAUUAACUGUUUCUGCUGAGCUGAGCCUGUUCGACAUUGGUAGCUGGUCGGCAGGUGGCGCACGGCGGAAGUACUCGGAUUAACAACGUUCAUUUUCAUUUGAUACGCAUCUCAGGCAAAACUAGAAUUACAAUAGUCUUCUGUGCAAUAUAACUUGUAGCCUGCUUUACUCAAUUAUUAUUACUUCCCAAAUGCGUCGAAAAUGUCUGCUAAUGAGCUUCUGUCGGCCCAAAAACGUCCCAACGGUUGUUUCAGUAAAUGAUUUAUUUUGAAAACCCAGCCACCGGAAGCGUCAUAUAUCACUCGGAAUCGCUUGACGGCGGUCACACUGCACAUCAGCUGUGCAAGCGAGAGGAAUACUGACCCAAUUUACUGUGCUGGGGACAACAACAGCGACGACGCAACACUUCACAGCGACCGACCGAAGUGAACGCCAGUGGCAUUUUCUGUUACUGACUUUGUCUGAGAGAGAAAUUAAAAACAACUUCAUUUUCCUUCCCUGCUGCAGCCAGAAGAAACUGUGCGUGGGACUUGGUGUCAUUACAGAGAAAGCUCCACAAAUCUGUCUGCCUAGAAGCUAAUACAGCUAUUGACUGCUGCAGCUGAGGGAGAGGAAGAGGAGGAGGAAGAAACGGCCAAAGAGAGAGAGAAUUGUCCUCCCUAGGUAUAAGGGGGGUUUUGGUCACGGAGAUCAUUGUUCUGCAGAAGCUUCUCAAGGGAAAGUAGCCAUUGAAAAGUCUGUAAUGGCUGAGCUGUCAUCAGCCCAGGUGACCGAGUGCACCUGAGCGUUACUGUUGCUGCACACACUCAGAGUCACUACCAGCCUCUGGGCUUUUACUGCUCAGUAAAGAAGGAAAUCCACACCGCUGCGACUGCUGGAGAAAAACGUGACUGAGUCCCUUACAUUUUUUGUCUGGAUUAUUUUUACCUUGAUGUAUUUCUUUUAAUUUCAUUUUGGUGGAUUACCAGGGAGAGAAAAAAACACAUGCGGGAGGACAAAUGACUGUGGAUUUUGGACUGUCUGGGCUGAGCUGCUUAGGUUCAGGCAUCCACAUGCAGGAAUGCAGAUUCACAUACGGAAACAGACCAUACAGCAUAGUGUUUGAGAAGCUGAGCCUGUAAAGGUCCCACAGGUGGCCAUGUUGGAUCUGUUCCUCAGAGUGCUGGUGUUGACCCGUCUUCACCCAUCACCUCACAGCACCUCGCUGCCAACCUAAGCCCUCGCUCCCUCUCGCUUCCUGCAUCUCUUUCUUCCACCGCCUGGCCAGACGAAAGGUCUUUGGUCUUUGAGGAAAAUGUCCUAUGCACACCACAAGCUGCUCACCUGGAGCUUACCUCACCUCGUCCUCCUACCGCUGACCUACCUCUGGCUCUUGGCUCCUACCACAGGUGUGUCAGCAGAUCUCUGCCGGGUGACUGGUGGGGUGUUGGGGAUCCACUGGAGCAGCGCCAUCAGCUUGGGUUGGCACCCUCUGGCAGACGGGACAGGAGGGGCAACAUGUUGGGAGUCCUGCUGCUUAAAGCCGAGCUGCAGCGCCGUGUGGAGCCUCGGCGGGCGCUGUGUGCUUCUCAGCUGCACCCAGAAGAGUGGCUGCCCCAUCUCUUUCCUGCCCCAGCCUCACCAGGAGUCCCUCGGCCUCCUUCAGCUGCUCUCCAAGGGUCCCAUAACAGCAAGACGUAGAAAGGCUCGUCAUGCACAGCACAAAGGAAGCCACAGACCACACACAGGAUACCUUACCAGCACGGAAAGUCCCAAACUGGAAAUAGCUCAUCCAACUCCAACUGUACCCAGGACCAUCACACUUCAUCAGACAACCCAAAAGAACCUUAGCCAGGUAACCAAUGGGAGCUCAGACAGCGCUCCAGCUCCGUCACAACAAAACUCAACGGUGGAUGACACUGUUGAUACUCCUGCGUCUUCCAAUAGCAGCGAUGUCAGCUCACCCACAGUGACUGAAGCUGCUAUCAUCACAACUCCAACACAGGCUGCAGUGAGGGAGCUGGUGGUGUCAGCAGGGGAGAGUGUGGAGGUUACAUUGCCCCUCAACGAGGUUGAACUCAAUGCCUUCGUGGUCCCCCCAGCCCCGCCAGGGACAAACUAUGCAUUUGACUGGCGUUUGAUAACACAUCCCAAAGAUUACAGUGGGGAGAUGGAAGGAAAGCACAGCAAGACACUGAAACUCAGUAAGCUGACUGUGGGCCUGUAUGAGUUUGAAGUGACAGUGGACGGGGAGGGGGCUCACGGAGAAGGCUACAUCAAUGUCACAGUCAAACCAGAGCCGCGGGUAAACAAGCCUCCAGUUGCCAUAGUUUCCCCAAAGUUCCAGGAGAUCUCCUUGCCAACCAGCUCUACGGUGAUAGAUGGCAGCCAGAGCACUGAUGAUGACAAGGUGGUGGCAUGGUACUGGGAAGAGGUCAAAGGUCCUCUGAGGGAGGAGAAGGUCUCUGCUGACACCCCCGUCCUCACCCUCACCAGCCUGGUGCCUGGGAACUACACAUUCAGUUUGACAGUGACAGACUCAGAUGGAGCCACAAAUUCGACGCAGGCCACCCUCUCUGUCAACAAAGCCAAGGAUUACCGGCCUGUGGCCAAUGCUGGCCCUAACCAGGUCAUCCAAUUGCCACGCAACUCCAUUACUCUGUAUGGCAACCAAAGCACAGACGACCACGAUUCCCUGUCUUACGAGUGGUCCCUCAGCCCUGAGAGCAAAGACAAAGUGGUGGAAAUGCAGGGCGUACGGACACCGAUCCUGCAGCUGUCGGCAAUGCAGGAGGGAGACUACACCUUCCAGCUGACUGUGACAGAUUCAGCUGGACAGCAGGACACCGCCCAGGUCACUGUCAUUGUUCAGCCAGAAAACAAUAAACCACCAGUAGCAGACGCAGGACCAGAGAAAGAGCUGACCUUGCCAGUCGACCGAACCACGCUGGAUGGCAGUAAGAGCAGCGAUGACCAGAAGAUUGCCACCUACCACUGGAAACAAACCAGUGGUCCUGCUGAUGUGAAGAUUGAGAAUGCAGACAGUGCUGUUGCCACGGUGACAGGUCUCGAGGUCGGCAGGUACGAGUUCACCCUGACAGUAACUGAUGAGAGGAAGCUGCAGAGUACCGACACUGUCGCGGUCAUCGUCAGAGAAGAACUAGACCAGCCGCCAGUGGCUCAUGUUGUGUCAAGUCCACCCAUCUCUCUGCCUGUCAGGACCGCCACUCUGGAUGGAUCUCACUCAACCGAUGACAAAGGUGGAGUCAGCUACCUGUGGACCAGGGACGACAGCAGCCCGGCCGCAGGGGAUGUACUGAACAACUCUGACCACCAGGCAGUGCUGUUUCUGGGAAACCUGGUGGAGGGGAAAUACAGCUUCAGCCUGACUGUAACUGACAGUAAAGGACAGACCAGCACUGACAGGGGCACAGUGGAGGUCAAACCAGAUCUUUGGGAACGUGACCUGGUGGAGCUGGUGUUGGAGGUCUCUGUGUCCCAGGUCUCCCAUCGUCAGCGUGACAUGCUGCUGCGCCAGGUUGGGGUUUUACUGGGCGUGCUCGACAGUGACAUCAUUGUGCGAGAGAUCAGUGCGUUUAAUGAGCACAGCACGCGUUUGGUCUUCCUGGUGUCAGGUGGUCCGGGGCGCCCUCCUCUGUCUGGCCACAGUGUUGCACUUGGCCUACGCAACAAACUGCGCAAGCAGAAGAAUGACUUUCUCAUCUACAAGGCCCGGCGAGUGGAUACAGUCAUCUGUCAGCUGAACUGCUCCAGCCACGGCGAGUGUGACUCGUUCACACGGCGAUGUGUCUGCCACCCUUUCUGGAUGGAGAACUUCAUCAGAGCUCAGCUUGGAGACGCAGAGAGCAACUGUGAGUGGAGUGUACUCUAUGUGACUAUAGCAUCCUUCAUGAUUGUGGUUGCCAUAGCAACAGUUGUCUGGGGGACGGUGUGUUGCUGUAACAGGCGAAAGAGCAAAGUGCGCAGAAACAAAAGCCGAUAUAAGAUACUAGAAGCUGACGAGCAAGACAGUCUGGAGCUUCAACCGCCAAGAGCUGCCCGUAUGAAGCCGGUACCUGCUCCCACCUCUUCCGCCCUCAUGCGCUCAGACUCUGACCUGGACAGUGAUGAUGGGCAGGGCGGGGUCCCGUGGACGGAGCAGGAGCGCGGGCACCUCCUGCGGCCCCAGAACGGCUCCCUGAGGAACGGCCAGGGGCCGGCCAGGGGCAAGAAGCAAAGAGAAGAGCUGCUAUAGCAAGAGAGGAGGGGGGAGCUGGCUGCUGCCCUCACACACCCCUCCUCCAGCUGUCACACCCCUCUGUUCCUCACUUUUUCUCUUUUGUUCUUCUUCAACACAAAAACCUCACACCUCUCAUCCAUGAAGACAGACUGUGUGAUACCUGGAUUUAAUAAGAGGGAGAGAGGAAGAACAUGCUGGAAACAUGUUGUCCCACUGUCAGAAAAAAACGCCACUAUACUGGAAUUUCCCUGAUCCCACACUGAGCCAAUAUGGAGGGAAAAAAACUAUAAUUUCACUGAGAAUUAGGGGCGAGCACUGUGUUUUGAAUAGUAUAAAACUGUAACAUAGACCCCUAUUAUUUAACACAGAGACAAAAAGAAUGUACUGUUACCCCUCUACUGAUGGCACACAUUAGUUAGAGACCGUGGGAGAGAAGACUAGCCUGAGUGACACUUGACUUUCUGGAUUAAAAAAAAAAGGAAAAAAAAAGAAAAAACUCUGCUUUAAUGACACAAAAACCAGCCACUUGACACGCUCACACCUUGCCUCUCGUAGACACGCAUGUAUGCACACAAACACGUCAUACUCACUGUUCCAGGUCAACCUGAUGCUACCAAACACUGCCAUGUUAAAACCAAUGGUUAUCUCUGCUCUGAAGAAUUUUUUUCUUCGUGACGCAUCAGAAAAAAAAAAAAAAAAAAACUCAACCAAAACAGCUGCCAACAGCAAUGGACAUUUCUCAGAAACAUAAAAAAAUUAAUAAACGUGCAUGAAGAGCCAGAUUGCAGUUCUGGUACAAUAAGAUACUGGAACAACCGCCUGCACGUUUGUUUGUUUGUUGGGUGUAUGUGUGGAUUUUUCUGGCUGCUGUGCCAAAAGAUGUUUGUUCAGAGCUGUUUGUAUGUUUUUAUGUCUGUUAUUAACCUGCGGAAGAGUCACUAUGUUGUUAGUUAUGGCGGUCAGAGGCAGAAAAUCUUUUUUUUAAGAAAAGAAAAAGCACCAUGCUUUUAUUCUGAAAGCUUCUCUGUGGAUUAAAUUGCUGGAAAACACUGGAAUACUUACUGGAACACUAAUGAGUUUGGCCUCAGCGGGGAAGAUAAUGAGGAGAAAGAUGAAGUGACAACAAACGGGAUGGUCAGGACACUGCUUCCUCCAUCAUCUCAGUAUACAUUAAUGUGACGACUGCUUGAACCAUGAACACCACUUCGUUUUUUUGUGUUUUUAGUUUUUUUGUUUUUCCGCUGUGUUUAGGCGUCAAUGCACUUUGAUUUCAUGUCUGUCAGCUUCAGUCUCAGUUUGUCUCAGUGGUCGAAAAAGGGCAGUCUGUGACAGUUGAAGGUGGAGGGUCAGCCAUAAACACAGGACGUUGCUGCAUUCAGUGAAAGAAAAGACUCAAGUUCUUUGACUUUUAAAGAUCAAAAGAAAGGGAUGUAUUUUAGCAAAAGCUCUUGUCCAGAGACACCUCAGUAAUUGUUCCAUACCUGUAGGCUUGAGUGAACAGGGUGGUGGGAGCUUAAUGUAUGGCAAAGUGGGGACUUCAGCAGUUUCUGUGCAAUUUCAGCAACCAAUUAUAAUCUGGCUCCAAAUAGGAUGAGCACAUUUAUCUUCCCUUUUGGAUAAUAUUCAGUUAGUCUAACUUGGGGAAUCACCAAACUACACAAAGAAAAGACAAAAAACAUUAAUCACCAAACUUCCAUUUAUGAUUAGCAUUGCUGUGUUUCCAGAAUGAUCUCAAACUGUGCUAAAUCCUGAAAUCAAAUUAUUUCGUCCCACUGAUAAGAUAAGAUCAGAAGGUUAAUCCGAGGGAUGUUUGCCUCUUUGGAGAGGAGAUUGCCAUAGAUAUGCCCAUGACAGGACACAGUAGGAGCGCUGUAAGAACACGGAAGAGAAGGAAAAACUUUAACCUGUCGACUCUUCCCUGUAAACAUCUCAGUGUGUGAUCGCUUUGCAUGCAGAAUGUGAAACUGAUCUGUUAGUCCACAUUUGGAGGCACUUUUUCUUUGGUUGUUGAAUGUUAAAAGGGUACGCUGUCGACUCGGUUCAGCUUGUACUCUGUGUGAAAUAAGCAAUCAUUUAAAAACAUAUUGCAAAAAUGUCUGUUUCUCAUUGUUAAGUCAUCUCAUGCUGAUGUCAGAUCUGCUGCACUAGUUUGGUCUCAGAGCACCCAGGGCACACCAGGCUAGGGUGGAGAUGUUGUUUUUUUUGUUUGUUGUUUUUAAUCUUAUCUGACCAUUUUUGCCAACUUGUGUGAGGCAAACUAAAAUCUAGUGCACCCAAGUGCCAACUCUGUAAAAUUAUCUUGUGAACACUUUGAAAUAAUGUCAAAUUCCUCUCAUAUAUAUAUCUAUUUUUUUUUUUUUUUUUUUUUUUUUUUUUUUUGCACAUCAUAGGAAUUGACUUUGGACACAGUUGUCAAGAUUUGAUGUUGAUUCACUCUCAUUUCUUGUUUAGGUGUACACCUUUUUCCCAAAACUCCGUUUUAAAAAAAAGAAAGAAAAAAAAACACAUUUCAAGGUCUUUUGUCUAUUUAAAGACACAAAAUUCUGCAUUUCUUCUGUUUCAUGUGCAACAUUUGGGAUUUAUAGAAGUAAGUGAAUUGACCUUGACUCUGAUGGAGUCCACUGUGAAGGCAGACAGAGAAAGGAGUAGCAACUGUUAAAUGAAGGGAGUUUAAUUUAAAAUGUUUUAAGUAUGGUUUUAGUGAAACUUUACUCCUUCCUUCCUUCUUUCUUUCUUUCUGUGUGACCAGACCUGAUGCAACUGGAUAAUCUGUAAAUUAAAAUAAAGUUUGUUUCAGUUUGUUCUUGA